AUCCACACCGUAACGCCAGCCCGUUUGGUUUUUCGCUCCUUGACCUUGACCUCCAUCCACAUAUUCCUCUUCGACGACAUCAGCGUUCUAACCUUCAGUAUAAAUGGCAAAUGACAUAUCCGAGCUCAUCGAUACGUCAAAUCCAGAAGUGCGAGACUACCUCUCCCUCAUAAGACUCCAGGUGCUCACACCGCUCUCGGUACUCAUCAACAUCGUCACGGUCCUCAUAUGCACCUUUGUCGUCAACCCUUCGAUAGGACGCGUAACCGCACAACAUCCGACGUCCAUAUCACCGAACAUCGCCGUUGUCGCUAUAUACGUGCUCGUUCUCUAUGUCGGACAGAUUGGAUACUGCAUACUGCUUGUGCUUGCGCGUAAAGAGGACACCAAGAAAGCACUCGUGAAGGCUGUUGGUCACCCUCUCGUGUUUGCUAAUUGGCUCAUGGCAUUCUGGGCUAUUGCUUGGGUAAUGCAAUGGUUCCUGGUUUCGACCGUCCUGCUCGGCAUCCUCCUCCUUAUGCUCAUUUACUCCAACCUUGCCCUGCUCGUGUACCACCCACCCACGAAGGAUCGCCCGCUCGACACGCUCCUUAUCCAUGCUCCGCUCCGCUUCUUCCUCGUUCUGCCUUUGGUGCUUAUGUUUCCAAACGCGCUCUUCGUGACACUAGGGCUUACCUAUGAUCCUGCCCACCCGGAGCAAUAUAGCAUGCACCCAUGGUCCGGGUUCGGCGUCGUCUUCGGCGCAAACCUCAUCGCGUGGCUUGUCGUCCUCACGAGGCGCGACAUCGUUCUCACCGUCGCCGGUACCUGGAUCUGCGCGGCAAUUUGGAGCGCACGGCCCAAGCCCGUUCCUGUCUAUGUUACGGUGAUCAUCUUCACUGUUCUUCACCCGCUGGGCCUGUUCUGCGCCCUGGUACACCAUCACUUCAUGAGUAAGCGCCGCUCACGGCAAAACGGAGACAUUGCGCUCCCGCCGGAUGCCGAGGAGGGCCACGCGCCGGCGUAUGCAUCGCACCAUCAGCAGUACGAACAAGAGAGGGCGGCGAGGGAGCAACGGCUCCAGAGCAGUGGUGCACGGGAGAUCGACCCAGACCAGAUCUUUGGGUCUGGUUGAAAUAUGGAUGAUGGAGGGGUGAAAGGGUCUAACGGUUGCCGUGGACUAUCAAUACGACGUAUGGUGAUGUAAAAUGUAGACUCUUCUGGGAGACUGAUGUAUUCUACGCAUAGCUUAGUGCUGCUACGAGCAUGAUCUUCUUGUAUGUUCUUGAAAAUUGGAUUCUUAUGCUGCUCUUCCCUCCUUACGUUGUUUAUUCACUCAC